CUUCUUACUUCCUCCUCAGUGGCUUAUUCUAAGAUUGCUCUUCUACUCCUCUUCAAUGUCAUUUUCUUCACUUUAGUCAGCUCGACUUCUGUCUCUUGUCCACCACCACCGUCCAAGAGCUACCACAAGAAGCCCGCACCAUCGUCUCCUUACCACAAAGCCACUUGUAAAGAUGCUCUUAAACUCAAGGUAUGUGCUAAUGUGUUGGAUUUGGUGAAGGUUUCUCUACCACCAACGUCCCAAUGUUGCGCUCUCAUCAAUGGUCUUGCUGAUCUUGAAGCUGCCGUCUGUCUUUGCACCGCCUUGAAAGCCAAUCUCCUCGGCAUCAACCUUAAUGUUCCCAUUUCAUUAAGUCUUGUCCUAAACAAUUGUGGCAAGAAGGUUCCAUAUGGUUUCCAAUGUGCCUAGAGAUUACACAUUUCAAGAUUGAGUUUCUUAUCAUAACUUUAAUUUGGUUUUUUUUUUUUUUUUCAUUCUAAUAUGUCCUUUUUUGAUCUAUCAUUAUCGAUCUUUUUAAUUUGCUGCAUGUUUUUACCAAUGGAAUAAGAUAUUUUCGUUCAAAAAAAUAAUA